UCUUUGUGGCAUGUCAGAUUUGUAAAGUUACACCUCCGAAGCCUACUUUUUUGGAUUGCAGCAGAUUGAAGCUCAGUAGUUUCACUUUCUGGAGAUUUUCUGCAAGUUUUCUCAGUUCUUUGCCCUUAAACUUAGUUCUGAUUUGACACCAGCUGGGUUGCAAUGGAUGAGAUUCCUAAAAUGAUAAGUACUGUGGGAAACAGUCCCCACAGUAGUGGAAAAGACCAAACAGUCAUUUCCUUGGGAAGAGCACUAUCACAAGGUAGAAUGAAGUUGGAAGUCAAGCUCUUGAAGCAGCGAGCCAACAAGCAAAACUGAAGGAAGGACUUAUUACACCUCCUCUUGUCAUAUCCUAUGAAAUCAGCAACAGGUCAGGCUGACUUGUUCUUGCUCCGGGAUAACUUCAUCAAGCUCAAUCGGAUGAUAAAAAGAUUAGAUGCUGCUGCUGCUAUGGAGGAAAAUGUGACUCAUAAUAUUAAUUUAGUUGAGCUAAUUGAGACAGACAUUCCUGCGGUACUGGAGGAUGUUGACCGUUGUCUGGCCAAGUAUGAUUUUGACAUCAACCUCUAUUAUGCAAGUCUUAAAAUGGCUGGCAUUGCUGUACAAGCAGAAAGGUAUGAACUGAUAAGUGGAGCAGAACGGUACAAUUUUGCUAUUCGCCAAAUUUUACAGUGUGUUAAGGGGGAACUUCUUAAGGUGAUUGGGAUUUCUGGCCAAGAUGCAGAGAUGGUAACUAAAGACUUGGCAGAUCUACCAGAGAUGAGAAGCAUUGAAAAGCGGUUGCGGUCACCGUAA